CUACAGUGGAAAAUGACUGGCACAUGGCCUUUAAUUCCAAGCUCACCUUUUCAUCUUUCUCUCCUCGCCUCUCCUGCUCCCCUUCCCCCUCCCUUUCUUGCUUCUUUCUUCUUUCUUCUUCUGCAUCAUUUUUUUUCUAUCUUUCCAUCUAUCUACUCCUCUGACAGACCACAAAGUGUUCAUCCAAAGUCUUCAUGCAUUAUUUGUGUUGGACUUGACAUGGUUUGGUGACUAGAAUACAUCCCCUUUUGUGCAGAAAAAUAUGCAUGUCUUGAUAUGAUGCAGAAACCCAAAACCCCCGUGACGGCACGCUUAAAGCAGGAAGGCAGUGAUGUCGGGCAGAUGCACCGGAUCGCCGAUUCAUCGCAUGGGCGCAAGUGAGGGCACCCGCUGCUUAAGGAGCGGCCUGCUUCCCCAGUCGAACUGUUCGAUGCAAGUCUCGGUGUGAGGCGGGGAGGGGGGGGAAGCUUGUUCUUCUUUUGUUGGCGGUGGUGGCCCGAGUUUGGUGAUUUGUGGGAGAGAGAGAGACAGAGAGAAGAGAGAGAUUUGGAUGGAGUCGGAGGCGAAGGAAUCGGCAGGCGGUGGAGGGGAGGCGGAGGACGCGACGGCGAGGGCCGCGCGGAAGCGGUACGAGCGGCUGGUGGCGGUGCGGUGCAAGGCGACGAAGGGGAAGGGCGCGUGGUACUGGGCCCACCUGGAACCCAUCCUGGUGACGCCGGCCGGGUCGUCGCAACCAUCGGCGGCGAAGCUGCGCUGCGCCCUCUGCUCUGCGCUCUUCUCCGCCUCCAACCCCUCCCGCACCGCCUCCGAACACCUGAAGCGGGGCGCCUGCCCCAACUUCUCCUCCCCCUCCUCCGCAGGCCCCGCCUCUGCCGCCGUCGAUCCCGUCCCCAUCUCCUCCCUUCCCCCAGCCUCUCCGCGCCUCCGUCCCCACCAUCCCCCCACCCGGAGGCGCUCCGCCCCGACGCCGCUGGAGCCUAAGUUGCCCCUCCUGCUCUCCGGCGGGAAGGAUGACCUCGUCGCACUCGCGAGGCUGGAGGACAGCGUGAAGAAGCUGAAAAGCCCCAUGGCAUCCCCCGCCGCCGCCCUUUCCAAGCCCCAGGCGGACGCCGCUCUCGCCCUGCUCGCCGACUGGCUCUUGGAAUCCGCUAGCGCCGUCUCCCCCUCGGCACUCGACCACCCAAAGUUCCAAUCUUUCCUCAACCAGGUCGGUCUUUCCUCUAUUUCGCCUCGCCAGCUGACGCUAUCACACCUCCAAGCUCGAUACCUCGAGGUCCUGUCCGAGUCCGAUGCCAGAAUCCGCGACGCUGCCUUCUUCCAGCUCGCCUCCGACGGAUGGAAGUCGUCGGCGAGGCCUUCGGAGUAUGCGUUGGUGAGCCUCGUGGUGAACCUCCCCAACGGUACCGCAUUGUUCCACCGUUCGGUGCUCACCACCGGAGGAGCCCCCUCCAGUUAUGCCGAGGAGGUCUUGCGGGACGUCGUCGCCAAGCUAUGCGGUGGUCUCGUCGACCGGUGUGCGGGCAUCGUCGCGGACCGCUUCAAGAGGAAGGCUCUUCUGAACCUCGAGAACCGAAACCAAAGGAUGGUGAACCUCUCCUGCCAGCUCCAGGCCUUCAACAGCUUGAUCAAGGACUUUGCUCGGCAGCUUCCGCUCUUUGGAAGGGUCUCCGCUAAUUGCUCGAAGCUGACUAACUUCAUGAACAACCAAUCUCAAGUUCGAAGCAUUUUUUCCAAGUACCAGCUCGAAGAGCAGGGCCACACCCGCCUUCUAAGAAGCCCGUCCAGCAGCAGCGACGAAGCCUCUAAUUUCACCGCGGACUUCACCAUGGUGGAGGAUGUCAUGGAUUUCGCUCGUCCGAUCCAGAUGGCUGUCCUCGACGAGGACUAUAAGGUUGUUUGUCUGGAGGAGCCUAGCGCUAGAGAAAUGGCGGAGCUGAUUCAGGAUGGUGGGUUUUGGACCGAGUCGGAGGCAGUUAACUCGUUGGUCAAGUUGCUCAAGGCCAUGGCUCGAGAAAUAGAGAUGGAGCGGCCAUUGAUCGGGCAUUGCCUACCGCUGUGGGAUGAGCUGCGAUCGAAGGUCAGAGAGUGGAGCGCUAAAUACGGGAUCGACGGCGGACUGGUGGACAAUGUGAUCGAGAAAAGAUUCACGAAGAACUACCACCUGGCGUGGUCGGCGGCAUUCGUUUUGGAUCCGCUUUUCCUGAUCAAGGACACCAGUGGGAAGUACCUCCCACCUUUCAAGCUCUUGACUCCGGAGCAGGAGAAGGAUGUGGAUCGGCUCAUCACGCAAUUGGUGUCGCCGGAGGAAGCCCACAUUGUUCUGAUGGAAAUGAUGAAGUGGAGGUCGGAGGGAUUGGAUCCGCUUUACGCACAAGCUGUUCAGGUGAAGCAGCAUGACCCGUCGACGGGGAAGAUGAGGAUCGCUAACCCACAGAGUCGCAGGUUGGUAUGGGAGACCUGCCUGAGCGAAUUCAAAUGUCUUCGGAAAGUGGCGGUGAGGCUCAUUUUCCUCCACGCCACUUCGUGCGGGCUCAAGCGCAAUUCGGCAUUGACGCGUUGGAUGUGCGCGCAUGCACAGUCGGGGGUCGCACAGAAGAUGGCUUUUCUCACCGCGCAUUCCAGGAUUGGAAGGGGGGAUUUCUUAGGCGAGGAGGAGAAGGAUGCGGAGCUCUUCGGCGCAGGUGAGGAUGAUGUGCUCAACGAGUUUGCGGGUGCCUCAGCAGUGUAACAUCUCUCUCUCUUCUGGAUUAAGUCUUUUUUUUUUUUCUCUUUUCUGUUGCUGAGUGUAGAUUAGUAUUGAAGGAAUGUUGAUUCUUUGUAUGGAUUCUCUA